AUGGCUCCAACAAAGCAGGAACUCUCGCUGCUGGUGAACCCCCUCGUUCCCGAGGCCGUGCAGCACAACUACCGGGUCCUCUCCUCCCUCCACUCCCUAACGGCCUUCCUCCUCGGCCUCUCAGCUGGCGUGCUUGCUUUGCAAUCCACUGCCGGCUUCGCCUUCUACUUCCUCGGCACCGUCCUUGUCUCGGGUCUUUUUCACUUGGUGCUACUCUACCGGUCCGGCGGUGCCGGCGCCGGAGCCUUCUUCCCUGGCAGCAAUGGCGGCGAAAUCGAGGGCCGCAUUUCGAUGGACCCGCGUAGCGGGGCCGUAUCCAUGCAGAAGGAGAAUAAGGGCCUAUUUGUUUUACGGAAGGGUGCGUGGAGAGAUGUGUGGUUUGGCGGCGGUGUGAUGAGCGAGGCGCUGAGUGGAUUUGUGCUGGGGUGGGCUGGUGUUGGAGGUGUGUUGAGGUGA